AUGGGACUCCGCAUCCCCAUCCCUCGUGGCGUCUCCCUCCGCCGCACCAUCCCCUACUGCUAUCGUCAAUUCAGCUCCACCCCAAUUCCAUCAACACCCUUAAGAAGUAAACCCGAGCUCGCCUACCAAAUCUGGCCUUCUCUCGAUAACUCUGCCGCAAUCGAUGAAGACCGCAGCCCGAUCGUGUUCAUGCAUGGACUCUUUGGCUCCAAACAGAACAAUAGGAGUAUCAGUAAAGCGUUGGCGGCGAAGUUGAGGAGGAGGAUUUGGGCGAUUGAUCUACGAAACCACGGAGACUCCCCGCACCUGUCCCCGCACGACUACAUGUCAAUGGCAGAUGACGUCGAGGCAUUUAUCCAGCGCUUCAAACUGCACAAGCCGGCUUUGAUUGGGCAUUCCAUGGGCGCAAAGACAGCAAUGACCCUCGCACUCCGCUCCCCGCAGCUCAUCUCAUCACUGAUAUCUGUCGACAAUGCUCCCGUCUCCGCGAAGUUGGGCAGCCAGUUCGUGAACUAUGUAAAGGCCAUGCGGGAGAUUGAGAGAGCGGGCGUCACGAAGCAGAGUGAGGCGGAUAAGAUAUUGGAGCGAUAUGAAGAGUCCCUCCCAAUCCGCCAAUUCCUCCUAACAAACCUAACCCGCAAUCCAGCAUCCCACAUCCUAAAAUUCCGCAUCCCCCUCUCAACCCUCGCCUCCUCGCUCGAUGAACUCGCCUCCUUCCCCUACAACCCCGCCACAGCGCCCGCGGACCUGAAGUUCGAAGGACCCGCACUCUUCAUCCGCGGUACGAGAAGUGGGUAUGUCAAGGAUAGCACGCUACCGGUUAUCGAGAGAUUUUUUCCUAGGUAUCAGAUUGUGGAUGUUGAGGCGGGGCAUUGGGUUAUUUCAGAGAAUGGGGUGGGGUUUAAAGAUGCUGUUACGGAGUUCCUGAAGGAUAAUUAG